UGCCUGUUUGCAUGAGUAUAGUUAUUCAGUCACAGGCAAAGAAAAAAAAAGAUGAUCGCCUUCAUGAAAUUUGAUCUCUACAGGGAUGCCCUAUACGGCAUAACCAAUGAUUCAAUCUUGGAAAAUAAAGACCAUCUUCAAUAUUUACUCACUCCAAAUAAGAACACAGUCCUGCAUAUCUACAUCACAUCCAUUCCCUCCAUUGAUAAAGAAAAAGACAAGGUUGUGGAAGACAUACUGGUAAUGUGCCCGGCAUUGUUGAUGCAGCCCAAUAUGAAAGGAGAGACUCCCCUUCACAUAGCAUCAAGGUUCGGGCAUGUUUCAAUUGCUGAGAUACUCAUCCAGCACGCAAAAGCCCUCCGAUCUCCCGAAGAUCUCGACGCCGGCGGCGGUGUGGAAGCCUAUAGGCAGAUGAUAAGGAUGACCAAUCAAGAUGGAGACACAGCUUUGCAUGAGGCUGUCCGAUUUAAGCAUCUCAGCGUGGUGAAGGUAUUGGUUGGAGAAGAUAGCGAUUUCCAAUACUCUGCUAAUGAGGCUGGGGAGACACCAAUUUACAUAGCCGCCGAGAGAGGAUACAGAGACAUUGUGUUUGAAAUAUUAGACAAAUGCACAUCACCAGCUGCUGCUGGACCUUGUGGUAGAAAUGCUCUCCAUAUUGCAACCAUAUUAAUGGACGAAGAAAUGAUAAAAAGGAUUGUGGAUAAAAUGGGAGGACUAAUAAAAGAAAAAGAUCAAGAAGGCUGGACUCCGCUACACCAUGCUGCACAUAUGGGAUAUCUUCCAGCAGUAAGACUGUUUCUAGAGUGGCCGAUAAAUAGAGAUGCAGGGUACAUGCAAGAUAAUGAAGGCAACACAGCUCUUCAUCUUGCAGCGGCUUCAAAUCACACAAACAUAAUGAAGGAAAUUCUUGAAUGGUGCCCGGAUUGCUAUGAGCUAGUCAACAGCAAAGGCUGGAAUAUCUUACACUCCGCGGUGCGAGGUGGUCGCCCUUUUAAAACAGACUCCCAGCCUUACAUCUUGAAAGAUGCUCGCUUCAACAACCUCAUAAAUCAAAAGGAUGUUGAUGGAAACACUCCUCUCCAUCACAGUGCAGCCCUUCCAUUUCGUUACAAUCCGAUUCUAAAUUUCGAUGAUUACCCAAAAGUGGAUAAGAUGGCAUUCAACAAACAUAACCAAAAUGCCCUUGAUAUUGCUUCAACUAGUGAAUUCUAUGAUCUCGAUGAGGAUCCAGAUAAAAUACCCUUGCACAAAAAAGGUCUAAGAAAAGGUAUGCGAAUACGUAAGCCUGCAAGUGCAACUGCAAAUAUUGGAGGCAAGCAAGGGAAUAAAGAGAACGAAGAGGCUUAUUUGAAUAGUUUCAGGGAAGUAAAUUUGGUUGUGGCAGCACUAAUUGCGACAGUAACCUUUACAGCAAGUUUUACCUUGCCAGGAGGUUACGUGAGCGAAAAAGGUCCAUUACAGGGCACUCCGGUGCUCGUAAAAAGCUCAGCGUUCAAGUCGUUCGUUGUAAUGGAUGCCAUAGCCAUGGUCCUUUCUAGUUCUGCUGUCUUUCUUCAAAGCUUCUUGAACGCGAUACCAGAGCCGAAGAUUUGGGGGUACCUUAUCUUAUCCUUCUAUCUCAACUCCUUUGCUAUUGUAGCAAUGGUGCUUGCAUUUGUUACAGGCACUUAUGCUGUUUUAGGCUACUCCAGGUGCCUUGCCAUCGCUAUUUGCUUCAUUGGAAUGUCUUUUUUCAUUUUCUUAUUUGUAGUAUUUAAGAAACGUCUAGAAAUGGCCUGCGAGCGCCACCCCUAACAGGGCGGUUUUUUUUUUUUUUCUGAAAAAUUGGGAUUGCGGGACGGACUCAAGGCAAGGGGCCAAAGAUUUAAAAUCUGAAUCGGAGACGUAUCAGGACCGAGAAAUAAAAACCCCAGCCCGAACCCAACCCUAUAUAUAUAUUUAUUGAUUUUUUAUUUUUUAUAAUUUUAUUUAUGUAAAACAUUAUUUUAUUCUUUUCUUACAAAUCCUAACA